AUGAAGCUCACCUCGCUCAUCAUGCUUACAAUGGGCUACUGGCUGCUUUUUGCAACGUGUGCACUUGCUGCUGGACAGCAAGACACUCGUGAUGCUUGGACUUCGUCCACCCCUUCGCCCAUGUCAUUGUACGACACCAGAAACACCAACCGCCAUGUCAUGACUGGCCACGCUGGUGCAAAAGAUAAAGGCAAGGGAAACGCAUCAGGCUCUCGUCUCCAGGAUCAAGAUGCACACAGUCCUCCUUCGUCUCCAGAAGACAUCUUGGCAACAGAUUACAUCAUGGAAUUGUACCACAACGGGGAGUUCGACUAUAUUCAGACUGCGAAAGCACCAUCUGACCUUCGGCCCGACCCCAAUUUUGAGCACAUCUAUACCACGCUCGGCCAAGGAGAGCAGUCGACACUGGGCGGGUGGAACGGCCAGCAUACGAAUGAUCAUUCGCUUGCGUCGAAAGCUUGGCAAGGUCAAUACAAUGAUCCGUACUCGGAGCAUCUGCCGUGGUCAGAAUUUGAGGAUGUUGAGCCGAUGACAACUCCUCAAACCUCGAUCGAUCAAUUUAAUGAGCCCCAGUCGCACCACCACCCAGACUCAUUGUAUGCACAAUGGUUCCGCCAACACCCUCAUCAGCACAUGUCUAAUGCUCCGUGGUCGCAGCACCUGUCGCCCGGUCAAACAGACCAGUACGCUGAUAUCCAUUCAUCCAGAGUUCCAAGGUCGAGCGAUUCACAAGGGCAAUCGCUAAAGGGUUGUCCCCGCUAUGCUUUCACAUAUGCUACAGUUGAGCUAAAAAACGAUUGGGAAGCCUUCAACAGAAUGCUCACGCAGACUUUCAAGAAUGCUGUUAAGAAAGCAGCUGAUGACAAAGUAUCAAUCGACAAGGUCGUUGCAAAUGUACAAAGGGGCAUCCUGAGAAGAGCUCCUCCUACAUGGUUCAUGUCGGUUGUCGACAAUCCAUUUGGAGCCAUCGAGGAGCGUAGCAUGUUCAAGGAAAAUGCCUUGAGCAGCUUUGUUUUUGAAUGGGCGAACAAGAAGAGGGAUAUGCUCGCCCGGGCAAGGGGAGGCAAUGAGCUCGUAUAUAUGUGGCAAGACAAGUCGAGCAGAAAAUGGAUAAUGAAGGAAGACUACUCAGCUUUUAGGGCGAGCAAGAUCACCAGGCCUCCCGCAAAAUGGUUUUCGAGGGACGCCAAACUGAACCCUAUCAACGCCUACGUGUCCGAAAAGGAGAAAACGUCACGUCGGGCGAAGAACAAGAGGAAGGAGCAAAGGCGUCGGCGCAAUGGUGACUGA